GCACAGGAAAGCAGCGUGGCCAGGAGGGAUUAAACCGCGGCUGAGGCACAGGCGCAGUGACCCUGCAGGCCGACCCCACUCGUGGCACACGACCAAACCCGGGGAGAACCAGCCGGAUGCCAGCAUGAUGCAGAUAUCUCAGGGCACGAUCGGCCCUCCUUGGCACCAAAGCUGCCAUUCCAGCUCCUCUACAAGCGACCUCUCCAGUUACGGCCAUGCUUAUCUAAGGCGGAGCCCUGACCAGUGCAGCUCCCAGGGGAGUAUGGAGAGCCUGGAGCCCAGCGGCGCCUACCCGCCCUGCCAUCUUCUUUCCCCCGCCAAGUCCACCAGCAGCAUUGACCAGCUCGGCCACUUCCAUAACAAGAGAGACUCUGCGUACAGCUCUUUCUCCACCAGUUCUAGCAUCCUAGAGUAUCCACCCCCUGGCAUCUCUGGCCGGGAACGUUCAGGCUCCAUGGACGCUACUUCUGCUCGAGGUGGGCUGCUAGAAGGGAUGAGGCAGGCAGACAUUCGCUAUGUCAAGACGGUCUACGACACCAGGAGGGGCGUCUCGGCAGAGUAUGAGGUGAACUCGUCAGCCCUGCUUCUUCCAGGUAGGGCGGCCCAGGCAUCCGCAGGUGGGCAGGGCUGCGAUAAAUGGUAUACUGUUCCUCGGGGCAAGGGAGUGCCACCACCAUCCUGGAGCCAGCAGUGCCCCAGUCCCCUGGAGACCGCCACUGACAGCCUGCCUCCUAAAGUGGGUGCGCCCUUGCCUCCUGCUCGGAGUGACAGUUACGCGGCCUUUCGGCACCGUGAGCGGCCCAGCUCCUGGUCUAGCCUUGAUCAGAAACGCUUCUGCCGGCCUCAGGCGAACUCGUCAGGCUCCCUGAAGUCUCCGUUCGCAGAGGAACAGCUGCACACCGUACCAGAGGGCAGUCCGGAGAGCAGCCCCCCGGUGAAGCCCAAGCAUAAUUACACCCAGAAGGCCCAACCUGGCCAACCUCUGCUGCCGACUGGCAUCUACCCUGUACCUUCCCUGGAGCCACACUUUGCCCAGGUACCUCAGCCUUCCGUGAGUAGUAACGGGACGGUCUAUCCUGCACUGGCCAAGGAGAGUGGAUACAUAGCCCCUCGGCGAGCUUGCAACAUGAUGGCUACCUUGGAUGAGAAUGGGAACCAAAAUGGGUCUAGCAGGCCUGGGUUUGCCUUCCACCAGCCUGUAGAACAUGACUUACUGUCCCCAGUGGAGAGGAAACCAGGAACUAUAGCCAAGUGUGUCCCCUCCAAAGUUCAUUUUUCUUCAGUGCCUGAAAACGAGGAGGCUACCUCCCUGAAGAGACAUCUCACACCUCCCCAAGGCAACAGCCCACAACCUAGUGAGAGAAAGAGCACCCACAGCAACAAACCGUGUUCUAAUCACCACGGCCUCAAAUCCCCUCAGGCUCAGGCCUGGCAAGUGGGUGAAGACAAGAGAUCUUCCAGGCUCUCGGAGCCCUGUGAGGAUGAUUUCCAGGAAGACCACAAUGCCAACCUCCCGCGGAGGCUGCACAGAGAAGGCCUAGGCCAGAGCCUGGCAAGCUACUUCGGCAAGACCAAGUCAGCCUUCUCAUCCCUCCAGAACAUUCCUGAGAGUCUGAGGCAGCAGAGCAGCUUGGAGCUGGGAGGCGGAGCCCAGGAGGGUUACACUGGGGGCAGGCCCACCUGUGCAGCCAGCGCCAAGGCCGGGGACCCUGGAAGGAAAGCCGUUCUUGACCACCGGAGCCAUCUGGACCGGCUGGUUUCCUACCCAGCCCCGGAGGGGAGAGCCAGUGCCUCAGCCUCUUCCCACGGUUCAGACCCGAGGUAUGAAGAGCCGUCCACCCCACCACACCAGCAGACAUCCAGUCUGGGCUGGAGGGGCCUCAGCUCCGGCAGCGCCUCGGCCCUGCAGGGCUUUCAGAACAGGAGGCCCCACUGCUCGGUGCUGGAGAAGGUUUCCGAGAUCGAGCAGCGGGAGCAAGGGAGCCAGAGACCCCCAGGUGUGGGCGGCUCCAGUUACAGCCAGAACUCUAGGCCCAGUAGGGCGGCCCCAACUUCCAAAAUGCCUGGAAAUGAUUUGGAGGAGACAAAAGCCAAUAUCUGUUUCUCCAAGUCAGCUGAACCCCUAGACAGUGGGCAGCAGCACUUCAAAAAUGGGGAGCCAAAGUUGGAAGAGGUUUCCUGGCAGCCAUGCGGCCAGCAGCGGAGCAGGGCUGCGGACGGCGGCCUUGGCGCCCCACUCCGAGGCAGUGAGCCCCGAAGGCCGGACACUCGCCUCCUCCGCAGCCAGAGCACCUUUCAGCUCUUCGGCGAGGCCGAAGAGGAGGCCGAGUGGCCCGACGACAGGCCUGGCACGCCCGAGUCGCCCCUACAGGAUGCCCCCUUCAGCCGCGCCUACCGCAACAGCAUCAAGGACGCGCAGUCCCGCGUCCUGGGGGCCACCUCUUUUAGGCGCCGAGACCUGGAGCUGGGGGCGCCCGCGGCGUCGAGGCCCUGGCGGCCUCGGCCCUCCUCGGCCCACGUGGGGCUGCGGAGUCCAGAGGCACCGGCCUCGGCCUCCCCGCACACGCCGCGGGAGCGGCACAGCGUGACCCCGACUGCCAGUGGCCCGGCCGGGCCCGCGUCUUCCGCCUCCCGGAGAGGGGCGCGCCGGCGCCUGACCCCCGAGCAGAAGAAGCGCUCCUACUCGGAGCCCGAGAAGAUGAACGAGGUGGGGGUCUCGGAGGAGGCCGAGCCGGCACCCCUGGGCCCGCAGAGGCUGGGGCCGCGCUCCCCGGAGGGCGCCGCGACCGACCGGCGCCGCGUCUUGGAGCGCGACGGCAGGGCCUGCGCGGCGCUCGCGCUGUCGGGGCCCGAGCUGAGGCAGUUCCAGCAGAGCGCGCUGGCCGCCUACGUCCACCGCAAGACCGGCCAGCGGCCGGCCUCCGCCGCCGGCUGCAGCCUGCAGGAGCCCGGGCUGCGGGAGCGCGCCCAGAGCACCUUCCUCCAGCCCGGCCCCGCGGCGCCCGAAGGCCCCGGCCUCGCCUCGGCCUCCAGCCUGAGCUCGCUGCGGGAGCCGAGCCUGCAGCUGCGCAGGGACGCUGCCCUCCGGCCCGCCGCAGUCUCCGAAACCUGGCGGGCUCCCCGAGAUCGCAGCAGCUCUUUCGCAGGAGGCCGCCUCGGGGAGCGCCGACGCUGGGACCCCCACGCCCCGAGGGAGAUGCUCGGUGGAGCUCAUGGGCCAAGAGGCGCCCAGAGGGUGGAAGGGAGCCCUGGGGAGCUGUCCUCCUGGGGGGCCGCAGCCAGGAGGGCCGGGAAGUCCGUGUCAGCUGAGGACCUGUUGGAGCGCUCGGACGUCCUGGCGGUCCCUGUCCACGUGAGGUCCAGGUCAUCGCCCACCGCAGACAAGAAGCGCCAGGAUGUGCUUUUCGGGGAAGACAAUGGCUUUGGUCUGACGAAGGAUCCAUGUUAUUUGGCUGGCCCUGGAUCCAGGUCGCUCAGUUGCUCAGAGAGAGGCAGAGACGAGACGCCGCUCCCCCACCGUCCCACCCCACGCUGGGCGGGUUCCUCGGCUCCUGAUGAAUGUCCUGGCACCCUGGACCCCCAGAGGCAAGCCAGCAGGACGCCCAGCUCCAGGCCGCCCUCGCAGGCCGCGGCGGAUCGGGCCGCAAGGGACGGUCAGGCGGGGCGACAGCCUCUUCCGCCCUGCGCUCCUGCAGGGCCCCACGGAAGCGGCGCUCUCGCCCCCGCCCUGCGUCCCGGCCAGCGGCCUCCCCCGCAGGCGAAGCGGGCCCCCGCGGCCGGGGAGGACGGCCUUCCUGCGGAGUCCGCGCCCGAGUCUGCAGACCCGACGCUCCGUAGGAAGCAGCAGAGACCCCCAAGUUCCUGCGGGGCUUGCGACCCCGACACGCCUCUCGGGGCUCCAGGGAGGAUCUCCCUGCGGAUCUCCGAGUCGGCCCUGCGGGACUCCCCGCCACCUCGGGGGGACGAGGACGACGACGAAGUGUUCGCGAAGGACUGGCGCCCCACAGCCACCCCCAGCCCCACGUCGGAAGCUCUUCCGCCACCCCCGCCGCCUCCACCGGGCCAGGAGCCCCCGGGAGAUGGCUGGGCUCGCUGGGACGACGGCUUCCCUCCGCCCCCGGCCCCGGCGCUGCGGGAGGUGCCGCGUGCGGGCAGCCCCAGCAAAUUUUCCAAGGUGACAAAUGCAAGGGAAAGGCAUGUGCCUGCAGCCCAUCUGGAAGGGAGUCAGAUACUGGCUUCCAGACCCCAGACUUCUGUCAAGGGUUCAGAGGCCAGCGAGUCCAGCCCACCCUCCGUCGUGGGUGUUCAGCCUCAGCUUGCUGGGUCCCUUGGCAAGCAGCCGAGCCCAGGGCAGCCAGCUUCCGUCCAGACUCAAAACCUCAGCUAUGAUCCAGUUGGUGGAACUCAGGGUUUAGAAAAGAAAAUCAGUUCUGAUCCUCAGAAGAGUUCAGAAGAUAUCAGAACUGAGGCUCUGGCCAAGGAAAUUGUCCACCAAGACAAAUCUCUGGCAGACAUUUUGGAUCCAGACUCCAGAAUGAAGACAACCAUGGACCUGAUGGAAGGUUUGUUUCCCCGAGAUGGUAACUUGCUGAAGGAGAACAGCACAAAGAGGAAGGCCAUGCAGAGAACUGUCAGCUUCCCAGGGUGUGAAGGCAAGAGGAGUGGGGACAAGGAGGCAGUGGGCAUGCUGGUCACCUGCCCUGCCUACUACAGCGUGUCUGCUCCCAAGGCCGAACUUUUGAACAAGAUCAAAGAGAUGCCUGCAGAAGCGAAUGAGGAAGAGGAGCAGGCAGAUGUCAACGAAAAGAAGGCCGAGCUCAUCGGAAGCCUCACCCACAAGCUCGAGACCCUCCAGGAAGCAAAGGGGAGUCUGCUCGUGGACAUCAAGCUCAAUAAUGCCCUGGGAGAAGAGGUGGAGGCUUUGAUCCGUGAGCUGUGCAAGCCCAACGAGUUCGACAAGUACAGGAUGUUCGUGGGGGACCUGGACAAGGUGGUAAACCUGCUGCUGUCCCUCUCAGGGCGCCUGGCCCGCGUCGAGAACGUCCUUAGCAGCCUGGGUGACGAUGCCAGCAGUGAAGAAAGGAGCUCCCUCAACGAGAAGAGGAAGGUCCUGGCUGGGCAGCACGAGGACGCCCGGGAGCUCAAGGAGAACCUGGACCGCAGGGAGCGCGUGGUGCUGGACAUCCUGGCCAACUACCUGUCGCGGGAGCAGCUCCAGGAUUACCAGCAUUUCGUGAAGAUGAAGUCCACGCUCCUCAUCGAGCAGCGGAAGCUGGACGACAAGAUCCGGCUGGGCCGGGAGCAGGUCAGGUGUCUGCUGGAGAGCCUCCCCUCCGACUUCGUCCCCAAGGCGGGGGCCCUGGCCCUGCCCCCAGACCUCACGAGCGAGACCGCUCCCGCGGCGGGGUGUACCUUGAGCAGCACUUUUCCAGCCCCGACCUCUCCGCUUUAGCCUCCUCUCAGGUACCCGACCGAAAGAUCACACUCCUCAACACCGUUCAGUCUGAACCGUGUUCGGUACGAACCGCCAUCUAAACUGUGUGGCUUGUCGGGCUUCUUCCCGAUAAAGGAAAAGCGUUCUCUCCAGGAGGAAACCUCCUCCCUUCUUGCCCUUCCCGACGGCUCUGAGAGCUUGAGCGCUGCUGGCCACUCGCCCGUCUGUUAGUACUGAGCAGUGGCAAGACAGCUAAUGAAACUCCGAGACCUGGCUGGAGGGUGUUUGAUUAUUUAGUUUUUAACAGGCUGAGGCAGCGCAGAGCAGCGUCACCCUCGGGAAUGUGUCCACAGUGGCCUUCCUUGCUGGUGGGCAGUGUUUCCUGACGCCAGGGUACGAUGGCAUUAAUGAGGGGCCUGCAACGUAAAGCCUUAAAGACACACACAUACACAGAGAAGAAAACUGUAAAACCUUGAACGUUGUUAUUUAUAUUUUUAAAAAUGAAAAAGAUCACUAUGUUUGUGUGCUAACCACUUACUUGAUUCUGUUUUGUGGUGGACGUAGACAAUGAUGUCUGAGCUUUGUAUUUUGUGAAAAUCUUAAUGAAAUGAAGAAUUCCAA